AUUUCCUUUUAUUUAUACGUUUAAUUUCAUCUGAACUAGGACUGUAAUGCCCUACUCACCUAUUGCAGAAUGGACAAAUCCAAAAGUAAAGUGAAAGUAGAAUGGCUGACAAUUUUUCUAACCCAAAGAGAUUAGCUCAUCAAGCUGGAAGUUAUGAUUCUGAGUUUGAGUUUGACAGUGAAUCUGAGAGAAAAAGAAGGAAGUAUGAAGACCUUGCAAAAAAGGAAAAGAAGAAAAGCUCAAAGAAAGGUCACAAGCGAGAAUUAGAAGAUGAAUACAACAAAGAAGAAGGACGUAUAAUGAGGCACAGGAUAGUCAGUAUGAACGCUUUUGAUCGUCAUAAGUUACUGAUAAACAACUAUCUGACAUAUUACUGUGGCCAGAAUACAGAUUU